AUGGAGGGCCUCGAGAUGGAGGGCGAGAUGCCCUACCUCCCAGAAGACGAAGCCGCUGGAGAAGACCUCGCCACCGGCGUCCUCGCCCGGUUCCACAGCUCUACUAGGGACGACCACCAGCACCUCUGCGCCGCCGUCGGCACCAUGGUCCAGGCGCUGAAGGAUCAGGGUAUUCCCCUCACCCCCGUCGCUUACUUCGGCGCCACCGCCUCUUCCCUCGACCGCCUGUCCCGCGACCCCGCCUCCGGCUCCGACCCCGUCGCCACCGCGCUGCUCUCCUUUUUCUCCAUUGGUCUCCCCAAGGUCUCUUCCGCCGUCCUGAGGAGUAAAGGGGCCUCGGUUGCCGAGAUACUGGUUCGGAUUCUAGGGUUUGGGUCGCUGCCGGAGGGUGGCGUGAAGGCUGGAUUGAAGUGCGUCUCUCAUCUCCUCGUGGUUGGAGACAAGGGGAACUGGCCGAGCGUGUCCACUCUCUAUGGAGUGCUUAUUGGGUUUGUCACGGAUCACCGGCCGAAGGUUAGAAAGCAGUCUCAUGUAUGUCUGCGGGUUGUACUUCAAAGUUUCCAGGGGCUGUCAGUUCUGGUGUCGGCAAGUGAAGGAAUCAUGGCCAUUUUUGAGAGGUUUCUUCUGCUUGCUGGUGGAUCUAAUCCUAUGAGUUCAGCUGCAGAGAGAGAAGGGCCUAGGGGAGCUAUGGAGGUCCUAUAUAUUUUGAAUGCUUUGAAGGACUGUAUCCCUCUAAUGUCAAUGAAGUCUACAAAUGUUAUUCUAAAAUACUGCAAGCCAUUGUUGGAUCUGCGGCAGUCAGUUGUUACAAGGAGUAUAUUGGAGAUUUUGCAGUCUCUCUGCAGCAGUCCAACUUCAGAGGUUGCUCCUGAAGUGGUGCUAGAUCUGCUGUGUUCAUUGGCAUUAUCCAUUACUGAUAAGGAAAAAUCGGCAGAUGGGAUGGCAUCAACAGCGCGCUUGCUCAAUGUUGGUAUAAAGAAGGUUUACCAGCUAAACAGGCAUAUAUGCAUCGUGAAGCUUCCUAUCACAUUUAAUGCCCUUGGAGAGAUCUUAGCGAGUGAGUAUGAGGAAGCCAUAUUUGCUGCUACAGAGGCUUUAAAGGGUUUGAUUGGCUAUUGCCUUGAUGAAAGCCUGGUCCAGCAGGGUGUUGAUCAAAUCAAGACUAGUGAUGGAGGGACAAGAAAAUCUGGGCCAACAAUCAUUGAAAAGAUAUGUGCCAUAAUUGAAGGCUUCCUUGGUUAUCGCUAUAAUGCAGUCUGGGACAUGUCUUUUCAAGUUCUUUCAACAGCCUUUGAUCAAUUAGGAGAAUCUUCAUAUUAUCUGAUGGCCGGAGCGGUUAGGAGCCUUGCAGAUAUGCAGAAGUUGUCGGAUGAAGACUUUCCUUACAGAAAGCAGCUUCAUGAGUGUGUCGGUUCAGCCCUUGGUGCCUUGGGACCUCAUGCGUUUUUAUGCCUUUUGCCUCUCAAUCUGGAUGCUGAAGAUAUAUCUGAUGCUAAUGUUUGGUUGCUUCCUUUAUUGAAGCAUUACAUAGUUGGCGCCCAUUUAAGAUAUUUUACAGAAAAGAUUUUGGAAACUGUCAGAAGACUACAGCAGAAAUCCCUGAAGCUUGAAAAGGAGGGACGGGUAUAUUCAGCUAGGAGUGCAGAAGGCCUUGUAUAUUCACUGUGGUCUUUGUUGCCUGCCUUUUGCAACUAUCCUGUUGAUACUAGCAGUAGCUUUAAAAUUCUUCAGAAAGUGUUAUGUGAUGCACUUCGUCAAGAGACUAGUCUGCGUGGCAUAAUAUGUUCCAGCUUGCAGAUUCUGAUUCAACAGAACAAGGACAUACUAUCUGGAAACUCUGUUGUGUCUGAUGAUGAGAUAUCCAAACCUGAAAGAAAAGCAAGAGAUCACUGUACACUUGAUGUAGCGGACAAAAAUUUGAAGGCAAUACAGUCAUUUUCUUCAGAGUUUUUAUCAGUUUUAUCUGAAGUCUUCUUGACAUCUUCAAAGGAAAGUGGUGGAUGCUUGCAGUGUGCAAUCCAUGAGUUUGCUUCCAUAUCAGAUGAAAGGGUAGUCAAGAAAUUCUUCAUGACUACCAUGCAUAAGCUGUUGAAGGUGACUCAGGAAGUGAUUAAAAUGAAGCAAGAUAGCAAUUCUAACUCAAUGCAAAUUGACAGUUCAUCUGACAAAGUAUCACUCUCACAUUCAAGGGCCCUCUUAUUGGACUUGGCAGCCGCACUUCUGCCAGGUCUGGGUAAGCAAGAGAUUGGUUUAUUAUUUAGUGCUAUCAAGCCUGCAUUCCAGGAUGAAGAAGGGCUAAUCCAAAAAAAAGCAUAUAAAAUUCUUUCAGUCAUACUCAAGGAAUGUGAUGGAUUUCUUUCAAGUAAUCUGGAUGAACUACUUGGAUUGAUGAUAGCGGCAUUGCCUUCUUGUCAUUUUUCAGCUAAACGUCACAGACUUGAGAGUUUAUAUUUUCUGAUUGUCCAUAUUUCAAAGGAUCCAUCAGAACAAAGGAAGAGGGACAUUAUCAGCUCCUUCCUCACUGAAAUUUUACUUGCUUUAAAAGAGGUUAACAAAAAAACAAGAAAUAGGGCAUAUGACUUGCUCGUUGAAAUUGGCCAUGCAUGUGGAGAUGAGGACAGGGGCGGGAAAAAAGAAAAUCUACAACAAUUUUUUAACAUGAUUGCUGGAGGUCUUGCUGGUGAAACACCACAUAUGAUCAGUGCUGCAGUAAAAGGGUUGGCACGCUUGGCAUAUGAGUUCUCAGAUCUCAUCAGUGUAGCUUACAAUUUGCUCCCAUCUGCUUUUCUCCUCCAGCAUAGAAAGAAUCGUGAGAUAAUCAAGGCUAAUUUAGGUCUCAUAAAAGUUCUGAUUGCCAACUCUAAAGUGGACGGGUUGCAAAUGCACUUGAGGGAGAUGGUUGAAGGACUAUUUAAGUGGGACGAUGACACCAAGACCCAUUUUAAAGCCAAGGUUAAGUUACUCAUUGAAAUGCUGGUGAGAAAAUGUGGUUUAGAUGCUGUUAAGGCAGUGAUGCCCGAAGAACAUUUGAAAUUGCUGACCAACAUUAGGAAGACUAAGGAGCGGAAGGAACGAAAAGCCAGAUCCGAGGCAGAUUCAGAAUCACUUCAUUCAAGAACGACUAUGUCCAGGCAAAGUGGAUGGAACCAUACUCAUAUUUUCUCUGAUUUUGGAGAUGAGGAUGGGCAAGAUGAUAGUGAUGGAGAACUUGGGGUAGCCAGUGCUUUUUCUAGCCGAUGGACCAAGGCUUCCUCUCUUCAAGGCUCAAAAGCUGCUUCUUUGAGGUCAAGCCGAAUGCGUCUGGCAGCUAAGAGCUUGCCAGAAGAUUUGCUCAACCAUUUAGAGGCUGAUCCACUCGACUUGCUAGAUCGACAAAAGACUAGAUCAGCGCUCCAAUCAUCAACACACCUCAAAAGGAAGCAAGCAUCUUAUGAUGAGCCAGAGAUAGACCCUGAUGGCCGUCUUGUUGUUCAUGAGGAUGGUUACAGACCUAAAAAGGAGAAGAGCCUUUCAUCAGAUCCUGACUCGGAUACAAGAAGCUAUAUUGGCAGCCAAUCAAUGGUAAGUUCUUCAACAAGAACGCAGAAGAAGCGUCGGAAAACAAUGGACACUGGGUGGGCUUACACGGGCAGUGAGUAUACCAAUAAGAAGGGCGGUGGGGAUGCCAAGAAGAAGGAUAAACUUGAACCAUAUGCAUAUUGGCCUCUUGAUCGAAAGCUGCUUAACCGUAGGGCAGAGCGCAAGGCAACUGCACGGAAGGCUAUGGUAAGUGUUAUGAAGCUCACAAAGAAGCUAGAAGGGAAGAGUGCUUCUAGGAUACUUUCUCGCAAGAGGAUGAAGCUCAAAAAAUAACAAAAAAAGGGAAGCAAGAGCAGGUGAGGUGUUAAUACUCACGGUGAUUACGAUGAACGGAUGUAGCCUUGCUUGUGCGGAGGUGUACUCAAAGAGGUCAGUUUAUGGUGGAUGACCUACAAUACUCGAACUUUGAUUGUUAUACAUUUGUUCAACUUAGUGCAGAAAGAGUUGUUCGUGGAAAAAUUACAUGGGCAACGUGAGUUCUGGAGAUAAGUUGAGGUUGUAUUUUUUUUAGAUUAUUAUUUUUUUCAUUUUUAUAGUUUUGAGGAGUGUAUCAUGACCUUUUAAGUGUUUUAAAUUUUGGAGAAGAGUCGUUCAUUGCUUCUAUUGGUAAUAUGAGGCUAUUUUAUAUUUCAUCAAAA